GGAUUGCAGAAAUUAUUCUGACUUGAUUCGUCCGAUUUCGCGCGACACGUGCCACACGAGGUCUGGUGUUGUCAACGCCGCAGAAUUUCACUUGUCUUCCCGGCACAACCGGUUACCUUAAUGUUUUCUGGGCAGUCAGACAGCCCGCCCCAAAGCAUUUUAAAAGCCAUGUUCACGGGAAUGUGAACAUAAAAGUAGAGGAUUGUCCAGCUACAUUGCUGACUUAGUAGUGCGCAUGAAUUAGUAUGGCAACGGCCGUCAGUCUCAACAGUGGAAUGUUCAGAAAUUGGACUGGCUCACUUUCUGAAUUGGACAGUUGCGGAACUUUAGUUGAUGAAUACAUUAAUGAACUUUUUCAAGUUCCUUAUCAAAACCACAAUCGUUGGACUACUGAAUGUGUCGACUCGUCAAAAGGAAAUUUCAUUCAAAGUAAACAUGACAAUAUCAGCUUUCUAAACUUGUUCUCUUUACAGGUUUAAGAUUCAAUGACGCUUCAGACAGUGCUCUGACCGUCAACCAAUGUUUGAAUAUUCGUCACGUCCUCAGUCUCAUCCACAAGAAAAUAAGACAUAGACGCGUGUCAGCGGAACAACUGAGGCAACUGCCAUGGAUAUUAUUCUCGUCUGUAAUCGACAGAAAUGAAGAGCGGAAGCGAAAUCAUAUGAAAGAGGGUCAUCAAACAUCUAACAGUCACACGGAAUCUUGCGGGUCCAAUCGGAGCACUUUGAUUGGAGCUCUUUGUGAUGCCAACUUAGAUCAACUUCUUCAGGACGAACGAAAUUUCUCUCUCCUCAGUAAACCGAAACGUCGCCACUGUAUCAGUGAGAGUGACCUAUCAUGGCCACUGGAAAGAAACCAGUUGCUGCAAAUCGAAAGAUCAGAUGUUAGACAAGCUUUUUCUGCUGAUUUCGCAGCGUCCGUCCCACUCAGCUCUUCUUUGCACACGAGAUAUGGUGGUCUGGAGAACUUGACAGACACUAGGCUAUUUUCCAGUCCUGGAAUAAAAUGUGAAUCUCUAUCUGCCCCUGAAGCCAGUUGGUCAUCAACAGACGAAAAAGUAAUUACUGCUAACAGUACGAGUGACGUAGUUUCAGCUUCGGAACCCUCAGUUCUUUUUACAUGUAAUGAAGUACCGGAUGAUACCAGUCCGACUGCUGUGCCCGAUAGAAACCUCGUUUUAAGGGAAGCGGAGUCUAAUCUGCAAAAAGGAUAUCACUACGACGAUUCGUCUGCAGCAGACACGGUAGGAACUGAACCUGUCGUCUUGGGUACCAUUAAUCAUUGUUCGGAAGCAGUCCCCGAAGCAGACUCAACUCCCAAAGUUGCAAGAAUCGUACACAAUUCUUCCUCCACCUCUAAGCUCCAGAAGCGCGUUUCUUUCGCUGACGAAAUUGGACAUUCGUUAACUGAGGUGUUUCUAAUCGAGGACGAUAAUCACAUGAGAAUACUAGAUUACGACGACGAAUAUGAUGGCCUAGAUUUGCUUGCUCCCCGGAAGCCACGUGUUCAAGGUUUUUGCUUUACUGAGCACUUCACACGGUCGAGGUUGAAACCUAGCGCCGAUUUGAUAAAUGUUAUUCGUACCCCAUCUGGUGCAACUCAAGACAAUCUCUCCCCAACAGAACCCCAUCCAAAUCGAACCAUUGCCUCACCCCGCUACCAGUGGUGUGCAGAUUUUCUGCAGCCAGCUUCUCAGUAUUACCAGUUUCGUCAACGUAUAGAAAAUGGUUCUGUGUCAUUGGAAAACAUCAAUAUAACUCAGCCCAGUGAGGAGUCUACCAGCCAGUUGCCGAGUCUGUCAGGAACAAUCAAGGUUAAAAACAUGUCCUUCGAGAAGCAAGUCUGGCUCCGACUGACCACCGAUAACUGGCAUUCGUACACAGACCACAUGGCAUUGUACAAUCCUCAGCUUUCCGGCACACGAAUUCACACAGCAUCCAGAUUUGACACGUUCACUUUUCAUGUGAAAGUGACUCCUCAGUUGCCAACUGCAGAACAAUGUGAAAAAAUCGAGUUCGCCAUCCGGUACAUAGCGGGUCUAGAUGGAUCUUGUGGUCAAUACUGGGAUAACAACAACGGAAAAAAUUACGUUAUAGAACGAAGAGUAUCACACUAUGCAUGGUCUUCUGAUCAAGUUUCCGACAACUCCAAGCCCACUUCAAUGUUCGAUAGUUUACAGAAUUUCACGACGAAUUCAAACAAAUAUUCAAGUCCCUAUACCCCUGAUUUUCGGCCAAACUUUGCCGGAAUCACCCAGUUUACAAAUUAUCGUGCUUGGACUCAUUUCGCCAGUGAGGAUACUUACUACUGAUAAUCAACAACGUCCAAUAGAGAACGCACGACUUCCAUUAGAACUCUUGCGUCGUACUGGGCCAUCCGCUUGCGAUUUGAUGUGGACCCGGCCCAUUGCCAGUCCAGCCUCUUUUUGUGUGUGGUUCGGCGCCACGAACGACUCUGCCUUAUCCACACGACCCACACAAGCAUCCUCCUUUGAAAGGCCCGCAAGAUUAUCUCAACAUCAUGAUUUAGCAUCAUCGUAACAUCCAUCAAUGAACAAUCCCUAUCCGACCCAUCUUCCGUGAAUUGUCUUUGUAGAAUUAAACUGUUCAGGCUCAACAUUUUUCUUAAGCCACGUCAAUGACCCUCAAGGCAAGCAGUUACAGCACCAAAAUUAAUCUGUGCGACCUUUACGGUGAUUUCACAUACACACUACAUAUACCUCAUGCUUUCAAUUGUUUGACAUCCAAUUACUUCACAUUGUUUUUUUCUUCCAUUUAUUGGGAGGAAUCUUUCAACCAAUCCUGAUAAAGCUCCAUUUUGACGGAAAACUCCGAAUGACAGAUUCAUCAUCAUCUCAUUCUCAUCACGAUUAUUGUGUCGACAAGCCCGAUACGCCUUUGUUUUUAUCUUUCAGCGCUUCUGAACAUUAUUUUUUCGGAUUUUAUACUACUUGCAUAUUGAAUUUUUCCCCAGUUCCCUGAAGUUCAUCUUCAUACAGAUGCUGUUGGUCAAUAUACAUUGAUUGAGUCAACCUCUGGGGCUAUGUAGAUUUUCUAUACAUACUCAGUACCAUCCUGUACACAGUUCUUACCCCUCGCAGAUAACUUGUUCCCCGACAAAUUCAAACUGAACAACAAAUAACAGAAAAGCAGAAGAAAGCCUGAUUUUGCUAGCCUCUCAUUUAUUAUUUUCUUAGUCCUGGUUCUGUCAUAUAUGUUAAUCGCUCGGAAUUUUCUC